CUCAUUACGGUGUACGGAGGAACUGCAUACUGUGUAUACUUUUACAUCGCUCUCCCGUGAUUGGUCCAUCGCAUUUAGUCGCAAGCGGUGUCUCUGCACAACACACGCCCACAUCUAAACUAAAGCCAGUCCAACUUUCCUAUCAUCCUCAAAGGCAGAUUCCCGACGAGCAUACACGUACUCUACAAAGGCAGGUACUCCUUCGACAAUUCGAGUCCAUAAAUUGUCGGAGCCAUGAGGCCCAACGCCUUCAUCAGCCUGGUCUUCUGCCUCUUCAUUGCUGCCGUCGCCGCCUGGUCUAAAGAAGACCACGAAAUCUUCCGUCUCCGCGAUGAAGUUGUAGCGCACGAGGGCCCCAAUGUUACCUUCUACGACCUGCUCGGGGUCAAGCCCUCUGCGUCCCAAGAUCAACUGAACAAGGCCUACCGCAAGAAGUCGAUUCAAUUGCACCCGGACAAAGCUCGCCAGAACUUCAUCUCAGGAUAUGCUCUCAAGAACAAGAAGAAGAAGGGGUCCAAGCCCGGUGUCCACGUCUCCAAGCAGCCCUCCAAGCGUGAGAUUGAUGCGCACGUCAAGAAAACCACUGCUUCCUACCAGAGGUUGAGCGUGGUGGCCAGCGUUCUGAAGGGCGAAUCUCGCGAGAGAUACGACUACUUCCUCAAGAAUGGCUUCCCCAAGUGGCGAGGCACAGGAUACUACUAUGCGCGCUUCCGUCCUGGCCUCGGCUCUGUGUUGUUGGGUCUCCUCGUCGUCAUGGGCGGUGGCAUGCAUUACUUUGCCCUGGUGAUGGGUUGGAAGCGCCGCCGCGAGUUCGUCGAGAGGUACAUCCGUCACGCUCGCAAAACCGCCUGGGGAGAUGAUACUGGCAUUCAGGGUAUCCCAGGCACCUCUACGCCACCCGUACAGGUCCCGACUACCCAGACCCCUGAGGAUACCGAUGGCGAAAUGGCUCCCAUGAAUCGUCGCCAGAAGCGUGCAAUGGACAAGGAGAACAAAAAGGACAAGAGGACACAAGCUGCAAGGACCGCACGUCGCUCUGGCAUCAGCACUCCGGUCGAGGCAGAACUCACAUCUGGUCCACAAGGAGCUAAAAGACGUAUUGUUGCAGAGAACGGCAAGGUUCUAGUUGUCGACUCUGUCGGCAAUGUCUUCCUUGAGGAAGAGACCGAAGACGGCCAGAAGCAGGAGUUCCUGCUUGAUCCCGAUGAGGAAGCCCACCCUACUAUCUUCGACACUCUCCUGUUUAAACUACCCAAGUUCUUUUACAACCAGUCCGUUGGUCGCGUACUUGGCAACAACCGUGCCGUCGAGGAGCCUCUCCUCGAGACGUCUGACCUUCCCGAGGAUGAAGCUGCCCUUCAAUCUGCCACCGCCAUCAACGCAAACGGCGAAAGCCGCAAACGCAAGUCCAAGGCCAAGAACAUUAGGUAAAAGUGUUCAUUCACAACUUUUCAAGCCUAGUUACGCGUUCGAAGUUUGAUACCUCAACGUACGCUUCUCUUUCCAAUCCUCGAAAAGUUUGAUUUCACAGCGCCAACUUGUAACACCAUACAUACAUAGACCAACGUGGGAUGUUUUCUCUCGGUAUAGAAUACAUGAAUUUUGACAGAAGAGGCAUUCGCCAUUCAUUACUCGUCUUGUCUGCAAGUUGCCCUAAUCCACAUGCUGUUAUGAACAAG